UAUAUAACCGCGUCGGCGUUUGCCUUAAUCACAGUCUCAGUUCAGCGCCUAACUUUGACACACUUAAAAUGAGAGCCUUCAUCGUCCUCGCCCUGAUCGCCGCGGCCUCGGCCGACGUGUCCCACCUCUUCAACAAGCCCGGCCAGCACCACCACCAGCCCUCAGGCGGCCCUGACGCCCAAGCCGAGGUCUUAGUACAGUCGAGCGACGUCAGGCCUGAUGGCUACGAAUCCAGCUUCCAGACUAGCAACGGCAUCUCCGCUCAGGAGUCGGGACAGCUGAAGAAAGUUGGAGCUGAGGAGGCCUUAGUUGUAUCCGGGCAAUUCCAGUACACCGCUGACGAUGGCACUCCCGUGCAGGUCUCCUACACUGCCGACGAAAAUGGAUACAACGCUCAGGGUCCUCACAUCCCCACCCCUCCCCCGGUCCCUGAAGCAAUCAAACGCGCCCUCGCGUACAUCGCCGCGCACCCCCCACCACCAGAACCUCAGCAAGGCCAAAAGAGGUUCUAAAUGAAUGAUACACCCGAACGUGAAUGAAAUAAACUUAUAGUUUAUCUUGUUAA